AUGCCGAAUGCAUUGGCCUCGGAGAUCUAUCUCGUUGAACACUGGGAGGAUCACGCUGGCCUCGAGCUUACAGAGCGUCGAGCAAGGAUCUAUGCAGAAUAUGUGGCAUUGGGAGUUGCUGGUCGAUGGCCGUACCACCAAGCUGCACGCUCUGGCAGUCGAAGCCCAACACAGGCACAACUUCGAACCAUCAUAACGUCCUCCCGAACUUCACGCGAAAGAGAAGUGGCCCGCUUCACGCUACAAGGUGAGGCUCGAGUCUGGUUUCGAAUUGCAUACGGAGGAGAAGGGCUGCUCUCCAAAUACAGUGCCGAGGAGAUUGGCUAUGCCACUGGCCCGGACGAGGGCGAUUCGCUCGUGCUCGAAGAUGCAGACCGCUACGCACGGUUCCGCGGCUUACAGGAUGCUUUGGGAUGCAUGCCAGAGAUCGUCGAUAGUUUCGUCGGACCACAAGACCCAGCCCGACACCACUCGAGCAUACAGGAUGCAAAGGAAGAGGCCGCACCACAGCUGGAGAAUGAAGACGACGAGGAAGCUAAGGAGGAGAUCAGGAUGGGCAUGCAACACGCAUGGGUCACAGGAGUCAUGUGGCUUGAGGACAAGGAAGCGCAGGAAACCGGUGAAGCGCUCCUGGUGUGGUUGGAUGAGUUCGGUCGCGUCGUAAGGAAGAACCGUGUCCAAGACAUUACCAAGUGGGCGGCCAUGUUUUCGCGCUUCGCCGAUAACGAGACAGAAUGGUGGAAUACUGCUGAAGCAGGCUCUGUGUACGAAGCCGGAAACUGGCCCUGA